AAGUUUCACGUCACAGUAUCCCCCACUCCACCCUCUCCACCACCGACACGCUCCUCCGCCUCGCCGCCGCCGGCUCACCCGAUCACGCGCUGAGGCAGAGGAAGAGGAAGACGACGAUGAGGAGCGCACCGCUGCUGCUGGCGCUGGCGCUGGCGCUCCUCGCGGUGGCGGGGCCGUCACCAGCGAUGGCGAGGAGGCACAAGGGCGAGGAGGAGAAGGCGUGCGACAAGGGGUGGGAGUGCAGCGGCAGCCGGUUCUGCUGCAACGACACCAUCACCGACUACUUCAAGGUGUACCAGUUCGAGGACCUCUUCGCCAAGCGCAACGACCCCACCGCCCACGCCGCCGGCUUCUGGGACUACAAGGCCUUCAUCACCGCCGCCGCGCUCUUCGAGCCCCGCGGCUUCGGCACCACGGGGGGCAAGGAGGUGGGGAUGAGGGAGGUCGCCGCGUUCCUCGGCCACGUCGGCGCCAAGACCUCCUGUGGAUAUGGUGUUGCAACUGGUGGUCCAUUGGCUUGGGGGCUUUGCUAUAACCAUGAAAUGAGCCCAAGCCAAAGCUACUGUGACAACAGCAACGAGCUGUAUCCUUGUGUUGAGGGAGUCGAGUAUUAUGGUCGAGGCGCUCUUCCUGUUUACUGGAACUACAACUAUGGUAUCAUUGGUGAGGGUAUCAAGCAGGAUCUGUUGAACCACCCAGAGUUACUGGAACAGAAUGCAACUCUAGCAUUUGAAGCUGCAAUCUGGAGGUGGAUGACUCCAAUGAAGAGGAGGCAGCCAUCAGCCCAUGAUGUAUUUGUUGGAAACUGGAAACCAACCAAGAACGACACUUUGUCCAAGAGGUAUCCUGGCUUUGGUGCUACAAUGAACAUCUUGUAUGGUGAUCUCAGUUGCGGUCAAGGCUCCAUCGAUUCGAUGAACGUCAUUGUAUCCCACUACCGACAUUAUCUUGACCUGAUGGGAGUUGGCAGUGAGAACGCUGGAGAUAACUUGGAUUGUGCUGACCAACUGCCAUUCAACCCAUCCUCAAAGAGUUUGGACUCCCCACUAUUGACACUUAGCAAGGCAAGAAAGAAGGGAAUGGAGCUCACUAACAUCCGCCGAAUUGCCGCCCCCUCCAGCUUCUUCUCCAGCUGCUGUCCUUGCACCUGCAGGGUUAGAAGAACUGGGAAGGCAGUGAUAGGAGUGUCUGCUGCUGGUGGUAGGUGCAGCAGUGCUGAUUCUGCAUGUUUAGAAUCCAUUGAGCAGCAAAAUGCAUAUUUCCUUUCAGGUCCCAGAUCCUUCCUUUAUUACAGGAGGAGAGACUUUGCUUCUGUGGCUCUACUCCCUUUUAUACUUCCUCGUGUUAAUAUUGCGAGCGCGGCUGAGUCAAUUGAUGGUUCAAUUAUUCAAAAUGGUGUGAGGAAUGUUUUAUCCAAGGUCAAGGCUGCUGGCAUGCUUCGCUUGGCUUUCCAUGAUGCAGGGACUUUUGAUAUUGCUGACAAAUCAGGUGGCAUGAACGGCUCUAUAAUUUAUGAAGUUGACAGACCCGAGAAUACUGGGCUAAAUAAAUCCAUAAAGGUAUUAGGAAAAGCAAAAGAAGUAAUUGACCGUGUGCAGCAAGUUUCAUGGGCGGAUUUGAUUGCCGUGGCUGGUGCUGAGUCAGUUGCACUAUGUGGAGGGCCAGAAAUUCCAGUAAGAUUAGGUCGAUUAGAUUCCAGUACUGCUGAUCCUUCUGGUAAGCUUCCUGAAGAAACGUUGGAUGCCACUGCCCUGAAAACAUUAUUCAGCAAAAAGGGCUUUUCGACACAGGAAAUGGUUGUGUUAUCUGGAGCACACACAAUUGGAGGUAAAGGAUUCGGAAAUCCAAAUGUUUUUGACAACUCAUAUUUCAAAGUACUCCUUGAGAAGCCACAGGCAUCUUCGUCUGGGAUGCCGGCCAUGGUAGGACUGCGGACAGAUUGGGCACUCACUGAAGAUGAUGAAUGCUUAAGAUGGAUCAAUUUAUAUGCCCAAGACCAAGCUAAAUUUUUUGCCGACUUCAAGGAUGCAUACAUCAAGCUUGUAAAUACUGGAGCCUCGUGGAGAUCUGCUUAAUUUACUUGUACCAGAACUCAUAUUUCAAUGUUCAAACGUAGGAACUUUAGAGCAAUUUUGUACAAAACAAAGCUAAAUGUGUAAUUCUUAAUAUCUGUUCCAAGGGGAUAAACAUCCCCUCACCGGCGACCGGUAGCCACCGAACACAACGAGAGAGGAUCCGGAGAGACAACGAACCAAUCACCUAUCGAAUUGCAUUUUAGGAACUAACGGAAAGAUAUUGGCUAUAAAGGGUGAAUACGAGAGAGCAUUGUUAUGUAGUGUCACACUGGAAAACGCUUAUCCAUCUUCCUAAUUUAUAAUCUAUUUAAACAUUGUAUGUAA